UAUUGCAAUGGGCAGCUUUAUGAGUACAUCUGUUGCGGUUUAUAUUUCCCUUGCUAGUUUUAAAAGUUUAAAACUAUUUCAGGGCUAAUGAUUCAGCCAUGCAUUUGUAAUGGAAGUUAUGCAUGUCACCUGCUAACAAGUGAUGCAUACCAAAAUGCAAGCUAUUUCAACACAGUUCAGUCACUUGGCUACGGUAAUAAAGCAAGGAUUGCUCUGUGCCAGUCAGAAGUAUCUUAAAUCAAAUCAAAGAGCAAAUGUCACGUAAGAAAGCAUCUUCAAAAUAUUUGCAAAUUGGCUAACAUUGUCGCCGCUGAUGGGCCGCUUUGCGCUCAUUGGAUUAGUUGCUAAGCAACCUGUUUGCCACGCGUGUUGUCAUGGAUUCAAAUGUUCCGGAUGCCCUCCAAAAUGGUCUGCUGACCACUGAUAACAGGGUGAGGGCGGAGGUUACACAAGAACUCGACUCUUUUAUCCAAAGGAAGUAGGAGAGAAUGUGAACCUUUUGUCAACACGCUAAACAGUACCGUUGGUUGACAAAGCCAUGUUACUAGGAUAUUUUUUAAAGCUGCAUGGAGUAAGCAAAGAGAUUUCUCCAGAUGCCAGUCAGGCCACAUCUGCCUCUUUCCAGGCACAGAAAUUAGGACUGACGAGUGGCAAGGUGCCACCACACAUUCCGAUUUCAUUCUGCUGGACCUGAGGCAGUAUGGCAGUGUAAUAAAGUGGUAUUGCAUAACGCAAUGUGCAUAUCAGUGUAUCACACAGGUCCUUCAAAUGAUUGCACUGUAUGCUGUUGUUAGAAAAUGAAUGGUUGUCUAUUAGGCAAAUGCUUUUACCCGCAUAUGUAAAGUAUAUAUGUGGUAUGUUUGUAUGUACCCUGUGAAUCCAUUUAAUGAUCUUGUCAUUGCCAGCAUCAUGUUCUACCAGCCAACUAAGCUACAGGAGCACUGAAAUUAACAUCAACAUCUAUUAAAAGUACAAUUAGUGAAAAUUUAAUACUGCUGGAGAUUACAUCCAUACUGGGCAACCGCAUGGAAGAAAUUAUGUUUAAUUAUGUUUUUUGGUGGAUUCUUGUGUUUGUUUGUGAGACAACCAUCCAGCUGCCACCUAUGUAAACGACUACCAAAAAUAUCUAAAUUGUUUUGCAUUUAGAUUUAUGCAUUUACAUUGCAUUAUAAUAUACGUUUGUUUCUAAGUAUCUGCAAUCCAUGGGAUCAAACCCAUGAUCUUGCCAUUGCAAGCACCAUGCUCUAACCACUAAGCUACAGGAAAGUAAAUGUUUUACACAAUCAGCAUAAAUUGAAAGUCUGAUUUGUAAAAAAAAUGAGUUGUGGAUGAUGGAAUCUUGUUCACUUUACGUUACUAAUUUUGGCAGAUAAAUUACAUUUAAUUUGGGCAUUUAGCAGAUGUUUUUAUUUAAAUUGAAUAAGAGUGAGGAGACAAUAAAGCGAUUGACAAAAGAACUUAAUAUAGCCUAAUUAAAUAAAAUGAUGAGAUAUUGUCAAACUCGGUAAGAAAAAUAUGCAUGCUUAAUUUGAAAACUUGCCUGUGUGAAUACUGAACAUGUUUGUUUGCUGUUAACCUUUGACACUUCAGGCCUAUAUUAAAUUUAAUAAUUAUUUAUUGUCUAACACACCAAGAUAGACUUUUUCGUGUGAGAGAUAUACAGGGUUGUUAUUCCGAUAUACCAAAGCAGCAAAUUCAAUAUAUUUCCUGCAGGUGCUGUCUGCUGUCUCAGCUCAAGAGAGUCAUGGGAUGUGAUGAGCGUGGACACCUAGCUGUGUGAUGGGGUCACCUACAAAAAUCAUGUUUUUUUCUAUAAAACAAAAUAAUCCUUCCUUCCAAACAAAAACAAUUAUAGAGCUAAACUAAAUUGCAAUAAAUCUUCAAUAUCAUGCUAAAAUGUCUCCGUGUAGCUCCAGAGCGUCUACCAUGUCCGAAAACUCUCGUCUCUUUUCGAUCGAUUUAGCGAUUCAUGCCGAAGUCUAACUGCUGUGGCGAUAGUGAAGGGACGACUCAUUACGAAGACGCUCGGCUCUUUCCGUAUAGAGGGGCGAUCACAGCCGAUCCUGCACUUUCUGUGCCUGAUACAGUGGCACAUCACUCAUUCAGCGUUGUUUUGUUCUUGACCUACUCUAGUUACCAGCGCAUUUAUCUCAAAAAUGGAAACCGCUAACCAGAUUGUGUCACUCGGGACAUUUCAAGUGCUUAAAUUACCGUUUGGAUUUAUCCGUCUUUUGGAAUGGCUUUUUGCAAUCUUUGCAUUUGCAACAUGUGGAGGUUACUCUGGGCAACUGAGGGUUAGUGUGGACUGUGUCAACAAGACAGACAGCAACCUCAGUAUCGGCAUCAACUUUGCCUACCCGUUCAGGUUGAACUGGGUGGAAUUUGAUGUGCCGACGUGUGAGGGAAGGAGACAAGAGCGGCUUUAUCUGAUCGGAGACUUCUCCUCCUCAGCUGAGUUCUUUGUCACCAUCGCUGUCUUCGCCUUCCUCUACUCACUUCUGGCCACUGUGGUCUACAUCUUUUUCCAGAACAAGUAUCGUGAGAACAACCGUGGACCUCUCGUUGACUUCAUUGUGACGGUGGUGUUUUCAUUCAUGUGGCUAGUGAGCUCAUCAGCCUGGGCCAAAGGUCUGUCAGAUGUGAAGGCAGCGACUGAUCCAGAUGAGGUGGUCCUGUUCAUGUCGGCUUGUAAGGUGCAGACCAACAAGUGCAGCUCAGUGUAUGGACCUAGGUGGUCUGGCCUGAAUACGUCUGUGGUAUUUGGCUAUCUGAACUUUGUGCUGUGGGCGGGAAACAUCUGGUUUGUAUUUAAAGAGACAGGGUGGCACAAGGGAGGCGCACCACGUUAUCCUGUUUCAUCCUCAGAAAAACAAGCCACUGCCUUCAACCAACAGGUCUACAGUCAGGGAACCUUUGAUCAGGCCGGAGGUGCUUUUACAGGAACAGGGGACUUUGCACAAUCAGAGUAUAGGCAGGUGGGAAAUUAUGCUACGAGUGGUCCCAUCUCCUACACAAGUCAGUAACCCCCUCAGCCUCAGAUGUCUAAUAACCCCCAUACAGGGAACUAAUGUCUAAGGGCAAAGUUUAACACAGAGCACAAGAUGAAGAGAGAAGAUUCAUUUAAUAGACAUAUUUAUUUCAGGUUGAACAAAACAGAGUUUAUUGUUUGUCCAGAAAAGUGUUUUCGAAGGGAUAGUUAACCCAAAAAUGAAAUAUUCUGAUUCUUUCAUCAUUUACUCACCCUCUUGUUAUUUCAAACUUGUAUGACUUUCUUUGUUCUGCAGAACACAAAAGAAAAUAUUUAGAAGAAUGAUGGUAACUGAUCAACGGAAGAUACCCAUUGACUUCUAUUGUAUAGACGCAACACCAAUGGGUACCACCGUUCAGAUACCAACAUUCUUCAAAAUAGGUGAGUAAAUAAUGACAAAAUUUACAUUUUGGGGUGAUCCAUCAAGAAUGAUGAGUUAUUUACACGUGCAUUGUAUGCUUUUUGUCUAAAUGGUGAUGACCGCUGAAAACCAGUGUUUACUGAACAAAGUUAAAUGUGAAACAUUGCAAGUUAGGCUGUCUACACGCUAAAGUUUUCUUUGAUUUGUUACUAUAGAUGUUACGAGAUCUUUUCUGAUAACGAUUUGUCAGUUUUCUGAAUUUCUAACCCCCUGGUUAAUGUCAUGCCAGUGGUUGUUGUAUUUGUAUUGUUGUGUUAUAAGACAAUCUGUGGUCCAUGUUUAUAUGAGGUUGAUGUUUAAACUGAUAAACUGCAUGAAGCUGUGCCAUAUUAAUGUGUGUAUAAUUGAAUUGCUCUAAUUCUUGACAGGGUCAUGUUGUUGUUCUGUGACCUGAAUGAUGAUCACAAGGUGAUUUAAAUGCUAGACAUUAGUCUUGUAAAGUACGAACAUGAUUUUCCUGCUCCCUUAUUCAUUCUUCCUCUUUUGUUUAUUUUUCUCAGUGCAUGAGACCAUGAAUGAACAGUGAAAACAAUGUGUUAAUAUUCUUCUUCAGACUGCUGUUGCAUUUCAAUCUGAUCGGGUUUCUGUCUUGAUAUAUUUGCAUUUUUAGUCAGUGGGUGUGAAUGCUUUAAUGCAUUUCGUGCAAUUGCAAUAAAAAUGUUGUGCAUUCCUGUAGAAGAAACCUGACUGGGCUUCUUCAUAUUGAAUGAUUAAGUGUGUUCAAUUUAGACAGACAAGCAGACUUUUACUCUCUUUUAUUUAUAUACAGUAUAUGUAAACCACUGAUGUUUGUACAGUCUACAAAUAAGUAAUUGUUUGUAAUGUUUAUUAAAUAUCACAAUGCACACAAGAAAUGUACGGUAUGAACAUUCAGACAACAGUCCACCUUUUUGUCUUUGUUAAGGUUUCGAUCACAAAAACAACUUGAAUUCAUGCUGACCACAAUCGUCC